ACAGGCACUUCACGUAAGAGAGGAACUAUGACAGCAGGAAAUCUAUAAAGACGGAACAAUUGCCAUCUACGGUACAUAGCAUAAAAAAGAAAGAAGCUUAAAUACUGCAUACUAAAAAAAAGAAGAUUUCAUACAAAAAAGCAAGUAAACACAAUGUGGAAAGCGUCUGCGGGACACAAUGUCACAGUGGCUGAUGUUGCAGGAGGUGAUGACUGGGAAACUGAUCCAGAUUUUGUGAAUGAUAUAACAGAAGAAGAGCAGCGGUGGGGGGCAAAAACCAUACAAGGAUCUGGUCGUCCACAGCAUGUAGACAUAAAGGAAUUAAGAAGCAAUGUAUCUAAAGAGCACGAGCAACUGAAGAAAAAAGAAUUUGAGCAAGGCCCCAAAGCAUCGUAUGGAUAUGGUGGACAAUUUGGAACAGAGAGAGACAGGAUGGACAAGACUGCACUGGGGCAUGAUUACAGGUCAGAUGUGGUGAAGCAUGCCUCUCAGACGGAUGCAGCUAAAGGUUUUGGUGGGAAAUACGGUGUCCAGAAGGAGAGAUGUGAUAAGUCUGCAGUUGGUUAUGAUUAUAAGGGUCAAACGGAAAAGCAUUCAUCACAGCAAGAUCACUCCAAAGGUUUUGGAGGACGUUUUGGGGUUCAGACUGACCGUGUGGACAAGUCGGCCUUAGGAUUCGAACAUAAGGAGCAGUUACAGAAGCAUUCAUCCCAGCAAGAUCACUCUAUAGGAUUUGGGGGGAAAUUUGGGGUACAAAAAGAUAGACAAGAUAAAUCCGCUCAUACCUGGAGUCACAAAGAACAAGUACAGCUUCAUGAAUCUCAGACAGACUAUGCAAAAGGAUUUGGAGGUCGUUAUGGUGUGCAGACUGACCGUGUGGACAAGUCUGCUUCAGGCUUUGGUAACAUUGAUUCACCUAGCUCUGCCUAUGAGAAAACACAGCCCCUGGAAGCCAUGACAAGUGGCGCUCAGAAUCUGAGAUCUCGUUUUGAGAAUAUCGCUAAAGUGUCAGAGGAGGAAAAUCGCCAGAAAGCAGAGGAAGAGAGGGCCAGGAGACAGAAGAAAGAUGAGAAGGAACGAGAGGCACAAGUAAAUAAGGAGUCUCAAUGUAAGUCAGACAUUGAUCAGUCUCAGAAGCAGCCAGUUCCAGCCCCUGUGCCAAUUCCUCGUAUUUCUGUGACCCCACAAACUCCGGAAAAAGAAGAUUCUGAGUAUGAGGCACCUCCAGUUCUUCCACCCAGACUCCCUGAAAUGAGGAUUGAUACUGUCUCCACUCCAGAGGAAACAUCUAUUCAGGAUGACACUUAUGAAGACAUUUCUGUGCCUCCCCCCGAUACAGAAGAUGAUUAUGAGGCCAUUCCAGAUCCACCACCAAGGCUGGAGGAAGAGGAAAACGAUGAAGGGUAUGAAAUCAUGGACCCCUCAGUUCCUCAAGAGGUUUGCUUAUAUGAAGAACUACCACAGGAGAAGGAAAAAGAGCUUUCUAAACACAGUGGUCAAAUGGGAGCCUCAGGGAUAACUGCAAUCGCCUUGUAUGAUUAUGACGAAGGUGGUGAUGAUGAGAUCUCAUUCCAACCUCAGGAUCUUAUCACAGAUAUUGAGAUGAUUGAUGAAGGCUGGUGGAGUGGAUCCUGCAGAGGGCAACGCGGGCUCUUUCCUGCUAAUUAUGUGGAGCUUAUCCAGUAAAGCAUUGAAUUUGCUGUUCACACUGUAAAGGGAGAUUCUCAAACACGGUAUAGAGCUUUGCAAGAAAUGAAGAUCCCAAGUGUGAAAUAUGUGAACAUAGAAACGUAGUAUAUGGAAGGAAAUGGUGAAGAAUGUACAGCUUCACCCCAAACCACUAACAUGCACUUUUAAUAAAGAAGCAAAUUCCUACUUUGCUAUUAUUAUUACUACCUGUAAUCAUCUUUUCUGCCGGCUUCAAUAAUCCAUCUGAAUAAAGUUUUAAACUUCCA